GUCAUAUAUUCUCUCGCGCAAUUACAUUAACAUUUGUUGAUUUUUCUGGAUUUAUAAAGGAUAUUGAAAAGAUGAUAUUAAACAAUCAAACCCUGUUGCUUGAAGCAUUGUAUAUGUGGAAUAAAUACGUCUUAGAAUAUUAUUUUAUGGAAUACUAUAACAAUGCUAAAAAG